AUGGAGCGGUGGGCGUCCAGCGACAAGUACUUCUAUCGUAAGGAAAAAUCCCCCCUCCCCAUAUUGAAAGCGUAUCCGUCUGAAAAUUUGUGAUGUGCAUUUGUGACCUCAAAUCCUGUCUGUCUUGCAAGAAGGCAAGUCCAGAGAGCGCCCCGCAUUUUGCAGGCGGUUUGUGAUGCUGUUGGGCUUAGAGCAUACACGUUUGCCAUGCUAGGCACCUACGUCAAAACCUCUCGACUGAGGCUUGACAUAUGCCUGCAGUCCUCUACUGCAAGACAAAUGUGAUUUGUGUAUGGAAAUCCAGCAUCAGAAACGUCGUUUCGAUAUGGGGAGGGGGCAUUUUUCAUUUUGAUAACUUUCAGACCGCGUACUUUGUCUGCGUGUGCGUCCAGUAUGACCGCCGCCACCCGCACGGGUUGCCCAUGCAGAUGGGUGCUGAAACACGGUUCCAACAUGCGAUCAACGGGUAUUGCAACGCGGAAUCGGCCCUGCCCCGGUACGGCCAGCUCGGCUGCCAGGGCUUCGUCAUGUUUGACCGGAAUUUAGAAAUGAAGCACGCGGAGACCAGCAGCUUCCUGCAGGUGAAGCAGUUGGCUUUUGAAAACGUGGAGCAGCUGCUGGACAGCAUGAUCCAGCGGGACGCAAUUCCACCUUUCUUGUGUCCGGGCGAGAUGUGCGUGAUCCAAAAAUUAGAGAACCGCAAGGACCUGAAUGGCCGCAACGUGAUCUGCUUACAAAGCGCCGACGACAACACCUACGUCGUGACCCCCGGCGGGGGAAAGCAGCUGCGGCUGAAGGCGGAAAAUUUACGGAACGUCACGAGAACGACGGUGCAGCCUUCUUGCGCGAUGAAUAGUUCUAACGGUGUGAAAGAGUGCAACGGCUGCGACGACGGUUCAAGGACAUCUCGUGGGCAGGAAGGCGAAGUGCCGUCCUGCACGCCGUCUGCACCAAAGCCCGCCGCACAGACCGGCGCGGUGCCGUCCUGUAUAGACGGAGCCUGUCCGAAACCACCGGUGAGUAGUAGUCAACAGCAAAAUGCUGGUGCUCCAGUCGUUUCCGCCCACGCCGGAUACCCGACCCAGGACAAAUCCGCUAUUGAGGCGGAGCAAGCGUGGGCGCGGUGCAAGAACCUGCUGAACACGCAGGAAAAACACCAUCUAGGCAUCGAGGAGAUGGACGAACAGCAUGAGCAGUGCUUCGGCACUUUGAAACAAUUAGUGAAGAAGAAGACCGCGGACGCGCUUCUAGCAGUGGAGCAAUCCUUCCGGGCCCACUUCGAGGAUGAGGAGGCGACGUGGAAGAAAUACGGCUUCGGGAACGGCAAGGAAAAGUUUUCCGCGACGAAAUCGCACAUUGAGGAGCACGAACGCGUGUUGUUGGAACUGGUGAAUUACUACAAGAUUUUAAAAACAGAAGAAGGAACUGGGACGGCGGGCAUUACCACCGUCGCCGCGUGCUUUACCGAGCAGUUGUUAAAGGAGUUUUUUUCGCACAUCGAAGACUACGACUCCAAGUACGAGCAGGCGAUCAAGGAGGCGAUGGUAUGGAGAGAAAAAAGUUUGUCACAGUCACUAUCUUGCAGGUUUUGCAUAUACAAAUUUUUUGAGCAUCACAGCUUUUCUUUGUAUUGCAGAAACAGUAGGGAAAUCCCUUAUGAAGUUUGGCUGUGAUGCAUUUUUACGCAUGACAGAAAAUUUUGUAUUGCAAAAUAAAUGCGCAUGAGUGAUCGUGACGAACAUUUUUUGUUUGAUAGAUGGCGGACGAGAAGUACUGCUGCACCGAGGCCAGCGCCUAG